AUGGCGUCCUCAAUCAGGCCUUCCCUUUCUGGUUCGUUGAGGUUUGUGGGCCCUUCUCGUUUUGGCGUUGCCUUGUCUUCUUCCGACAAUUCUCCUCCUCGGAAGCUCAGUACUUCGCAUCUCGGCAGUGCGGUCCCUCAAGCUCUGUCUUUUGGUAUUAAAAAUUCCAAGUUUUUAAGAACAGAAGAAAGUAGAAUGGCGGUUAGCUCGACAGGAAAUAUAGCACAAGCAAGCACUGCUUCAACUGAACAAGAUGUCUUGGAUUGGGUGAAAAAGGAUAAGAGAAGAAUGCUUCAUGUUGUUUACCGUGUUGGGGACUUGGACAGGACAAUAAAGUUCUACACAGAGUGUUUGGGCAUGAAGUUGUUGCGAAAGCGUGACAUUCCUGAGGAGAGAUAUACAAAUGCAUUUCUGGGAUAUGGCCCCGAAGAUUCUCAUUUUGUUAUUGAACUUACUUACAAUUAUGGAGUUGACAAAUAUGACAUUGGAGCCGGGUUUGGUCAUUUUGGCAUUGCAGUCGAGGAUGUUGCAAAGACUGUAGAUUUGAUUAAAGCAAAGGGUGGGAAAGUUACAAGGGAACCAGGCCCUGUCAAAGGUGGCAAUACUGUUAUUGCAUUCAUUGAAGAUCCUGAUGGAUAUAAAUUUGAGCUUUUGGAGAGGGGUCCUACACCAGAGCCAUUUUGUCAAGUUAUGCUGAGAGUUGGCGAUCUUCAACGGGCAAUAGAAUUUUAUCAGAAGGCUUAUGGCAUGGAGCUUCUACGCACACGUGAUAACCCUCAAUAUAAGUAUACAAUAGCAAUGAUGGGUUAUGGUCCUGAAGAUAAAAGUGCCGUAAUGGAAUUGACAUAUAAUUAUGGAGUUACUGAGUAUGAAAAGGGAAAUGCAUAUGCACAGAUUGCCAUAGGCACAGAUGAUGUAUAUAAAACUGCAGAAGCAAUUAGGCUCGCAGGUGGAAAGAUUACGCGAGAACCUGGACCCUUACCUGGUAUUAAUACAAAGAUUACUGCAUGCCUGGAUCCGGAUGGUUGGAAGACGGUUUUUGUUGACAAUAUCGACUUCCUCAAGGAGCUUGAAUGA